AAUAUGUUUAUCAGUCACGUGCGGGUAUUUUUACUAGAGAUAUUUCGACCGAUUUCUAUGUUUAGAUAAAUUAUCUAGUGCUAGAGAAAAAUAUCAGAUUGUAACUCGAGUUUCUUAUCUUGCACGAUUAGCGGGAGAACAGUGCACGUGUUAACCUGCUAUUUAUUUACGUUUCAACAAUCAACAAAUAAUUAAACAAAUGAUAAUAUUGUUAUAAAAGAAAGAAUGAAACGUUUGACUGAAGAAAGGACUAAGCUUGUCUUGGAGAAACUGACGAAAUAUAUUGGAACGAAUGUGAAGCUACUGAUUGAUCGACCGGACGGUGUCUAUUGCUUCCGGGAAAGGAAGAACAGAGUGUAUUAUGUUUCUGAAAAAAUUCUAAACCUGGCGAGUAUGGUAAACCCAGACAGAUUGGCUAGCGUUGGGACGUGCUUCGGGAAAUUCACGAAAACGGGAAAAUUUAGGCUUCAUAUCACAGCACUGCAUCAUCUAGCUCCUUACGCUCAACAUAAAAUUUGGGUAAAACCAUCGGCUGAGCAACAAUUUUUAUAUGGACAUCACGUAUCCAAGGCUGGCUUAAGUAGAAUAACAGAAAAUACAUCACAGUAUCAAGGAGUAGUCGUUUUCUCGGCGCGUGAUAUUCCACUGGGUUUCGGUGUUUCAGCUAAAAGCACAGCGGACUGUAAAUACGCUGACCCAAUGACGACGGUAUGCUUCCACCAAGCUGACAUUGGAGAGUACAUCAGAUCAGAAGACUCCCUAAUAUAGCAAUUUGGACAGAUACAUCUUAUAUUUAAUUUUUAAGCUCGUAGGAAAUAAAAUAUUAUUUAAAUAAAACUGUGUUAUUGAGACUAUA